GUGAACUUAUCAGAGUUCACAAUAAAAUAUUGUUUUGUCACAUGUGGCAUCUCCAUCAAUAACACAAAACAAGAAUGACACAAAGACAAGAGCAAAAUAGCGAAGAACAAGAACAAAAGGAAAACAUGAGGAGUCUAACAACACCUUUACAAUCAAAACAUUGGCACCCAACAUGCCAAAACAACCUCAAAAAACCAGAAAGUUACAAUCUUUAUAACAACCCACUCCAAUUUAAUGGCAAAAACAGCAACUCUUUAUCAAGAAAAGUGAAACCCAUAUCUUGUUUUGCUUCAGAAAACCCAAAUCAACCAAUCUUGAAAGAAACAAAACCUCCAUUAGUAGUAGUUGGAUCAGCCAAUGCAGAUAUAUAUGUUGAGAUUGAUAGGUUACCAAAAGAAGGUGAAACAAUUUCAGCAAAAACAGGUCAAACAUUGGCUGGUGGAAAAGGGGCUAAUCAAGCUGUUUGUGGUGGAAAACUUGCUUAUCCAACUUUUUUUAUUGGUCAAGUUGGUGAAGAUGCACAUGGGAAAUUGAUUACUGAAGCAUUAGAGAAUUGUGGGGUGUGUUUGGAUCAUCUUAGUAUUGUUACUAAUGCUCCCACUGGGCAUGCUGUUGUGAUGCUUCAAUCUGAUGGACAAAAUUCUAUUAUUAUUGUUGGUGGUGCUAAUAUGUCUUGUUGGCCUGAAAAUUUGUCUGAUGAGGAUUUGGAGAUUGUGAAAAGUGCAGGGAUUGUAUUGCUUCAAAGGGAAAUUCCAGAUUUUGUUAACAUUCAAGUUGCAAAGGCUGCCAGGAAUGCACAUAUUCCAGUUAUUCUAGAUGCUGGUGGCAUGGAUUCUCCAGUCCCUCUAGAACUUCUUCGUUGUGUUGACAUUUUCAGCCCAAACGAAACUGAGCUGGCUCGCAUAACAAAAAUGCCAACAGCAAGUUUUGAACAAAUCAGCAAGGCGGUGGAGAAGUGCUAUGAACUGGGAGUUAACCAAGUCCUUGUUAAGCUUGGGGCCAAUGGAUCCGCUCUUUUCACAAAAGGAGAGGAACCGUUGCGGCAACCCAUUAUAAAAGCUGCAAAAGUCAUUGAUACAACAGGAGCUGGUGACACUUUUACAGCUGCUUUUGCAGUGGCCCUGGUGGAGGGGAAAUCCAAAGAGGAAUGUUUGAGAUUUGCUGCCGCAGCAGCUUCUCUAUGUGUACAAGUGAAGGGAGCUAUCCCAAGCAUGCCCGAGAAGAAAGCAGUUUUCACUCUUCUUCAGUCAGCUUGAAGAGUUUGGUAUUCCUUCAUCAUCUCCUUGUACAUAAAAAUAAGAGGUUCUCAGGUUGAUGAGUUGAAGUUCUGGACUAUUGGUUUUCAUGAAGAGGACUGCAAUGGAGCACUGGUUAACUUCAGGAAGGAGCACUAAUCUGCAUAUUUUGCUGCUGAUGCCUUCCGCUUGUUAAUUUUGGGAUUGAAGAUACAUCCCUGAUAACUCUAGCUUUUUUAAAAGAACUUCUGGUGUAGUAUCUUUUUCCAUGAUUUGUUUCACUUGUGCUUCUGGCAUCUCAAUUCUCAGCCAAUGAAUAACUCCAGGCAGCUGGUUAGCAUAGCUGUUUCCUGUUUGCCAGGAAACUAACCAGCAAAGGGCACAUUAUUUUAAACUUCAGCUUCCGUUACCGAUUAGUGCUGGAAAAAUUCCAGCUUUGACAAAUUUGACUGCUAUUCAGGAUUGAAAUGAGCUUCAUCUUGUUCCUGACUGAUUUACUUA